AUGGCCAGUGCACUAAAGGAAAAAAAAAUUAAUCUUAAAGACAUUGAUUCUUUAUUUGAAACAUACAAGGUGGUUGUAGCAGAAAUGUAUACACAGUGGCAGCACGACGAUCAUGAGAGCGAAGAGGAGGAUGAGAGCGCGGUGUCCGAAGAGGAAGAGGAGGGAGACCCCGAGGAUAACCAGGACUCUGAGGAGCAGGAGGAAGAGGAGGAGGAGAUCAUGGAGGAGGAGGAGGACGACGACGACUCCGAUUACCCCGAGGAGAUGGAGGAUGAAGAUGAUGCCAGCUAUUGCACUGAGAGCAGCUUCAGGAGCCACAGCACCUACAGCAGCACCCCAGGUAGAAAAAGACAAAGAGUGCAUCGUCCUCGUUCUCCGAUAUUGGAAGAAAAAGACGUACCACUCCUUGAAUUUCCUAAAUCCUCAGAGGACUUAAUGGUGCCUAAUGAGCAUAUAAUGAAUGUUAUUGCUAUCUAUGAGGUACUACGGAACUUUGGCACUGUUUUACGCCUGUCUCCUUUUCGUUUUGAGGACUUCUGUGCUGCUCUGGUAAGUCAAGAGCAGUGCACACUUAUGGCAGAGAUGCAUAUAGUGCUUUUAAAAGCAGUUUUACGUGAAGAAGACACUUCAAAUACUACCUUUGGACCUGCUGACCUCAAAGAUAGCGUUAAUUCCACUUUAUAUUUCAUAGAUGGAAUGACGUGGCCAGAGGUUCUGCGGGUAUAUUGUGAAAGUGACAAGGAAUACCAUCAUGUUCUUCCUUAUCAAGAGGCAGAGGACUAUCCCUAUGGACCAGUAGAGAGUAAAAUCAAAGUUCUACAGUUCUUAGUAGAUCAGUUUCUUACAACAAACAUUGCACGUGAGGAGCUAAUGUCUGAAGGUGUUAUCCAGUAUGAUGAUCAUUGUAGGGUUUGUCACAAACUUGGGGAUUUGCUUUGCUGUGAAACUUGCUCAGCUGUGUACCAUUUAGAGUGUGUGAAACCACCUCUUGAAGAGGUACCAGAGGACGAAUGGCAGUGUGAGGUCUGUGUAGCACAUAAGGUGCCUGGUGUAACUGACUGUGUUGCUGAAAUCCAAAAAAAUAAACCGUACAUUCGACAUGAACCCAUUGGAUAUGACAGAAACAGACGGAAAUAUUGGUUCCUGAACAGAAGACUUAUUAUAGAGGAAGAUUCAGACAAUGAGAAGGAUAAGAAACUCUGGUACUAUAGCACAAAGGUCCAGCUGGCACAGUUAAUUGAAUGCCUAGACAAAGAUUACUGGGAAGCUGAUCUUUGCAAGACUCUUGAAGAAAUGAGCCAAGAAAUUCAUCGGCAUAUGGAUAUCACUGAAGACCUUACUAACAAAGCACGUGGCAACAACAAAUCUUUCCUUGCUGCAGCAAAUGAUGAAAUACUGGAAUUGAUUAGAAUAAAAAAAGGAGAAAUAGGGGAGGAUAAAAGUGAAGUAACUGACGAAACAGAUAAUGACAAAAUUGAUGUUGAAAAUAAUGACCAAACAGAUACUGAAAAAAGAAAGGAAGAACCUGCAGACCAGCUACAGGAAAAAAAUGAAGAAACACCACCUGAGCAAGAUUCAGAAAAAGGAAAAACAGAAGAGCCAACAGACGUUGGGGAUAAAAGUAACUCUGUGGCAUCAAGCACAGACGGCAGCACCACAAAUCCUUCUGCAGGAGAAACUAGUCCCUCUGAAGGGAAGAACGCAGUGGGGUAUCAGUCAGAAAUCUUUGAUAGCAACAAUGUGGCAGAGAAGAAGGUGGCAUCAGAGCUCCCCCAGGAUCUCUCAGAAGAAACCUGUCAGAUGACCCCCAACAUCAGUCCUAGUGCAUCCUCUGCACCUUUCCAGUCUAAUGCUGAAAGCAGUAACAGCAGUGAGCUGAAUUCUAUGCAGAAUGACUCCAGUAAGACUUCUGAUGAUGCUGAGAAUAUAGAAGGAGAAUCCCAGACAUCAGAGGAAAUAGGGGAGAAAUCCAAUGGUGAAAGAAGUGAUUCUCCAUGCGCUGGGAAAGGCACAUCAAGCUCAACACGAAUGCUUACCAGGUUACGAAAUCCAGAUAGCAAGCUGAGCCAGAUGAAAAGCCAGCAGGUUGCUGCUGCAGCACAUGAAGCAAAUAAAGUAUUUAAAGAAGGCAGAGAGGUUCUGGUGGUUAAUUCCCAAGGAGAAGUCUCCCGGUUGAACACCAAGAAAGAAAUUGUGAUGAAAGGCAACAUCAGCAAUUAUUUCAAGUUAGGUCAAGAGGGGAAGUAUCGUGUCUAUCACAAUCAGUAUGCCACCAACUCAUUUGCAUUGAACAAACACCAGCACAGAGAAGACCAUGACAAGAGACGGCACCUUGCACAUAAAUUCUGUCUGACUCCUGCUGGAGAGUUCAAAUGGAAUGGGUCUGUACAUGGGUCCAAAGUUCUUACCAUAUCUACUCUGAGACUAACUAUCAUUCAGCUAGAGAACAACAUCCCUGCAUCAUUUCUCCAUCCCAACUGGGCCUCCCACAGGUCUAACUGGAUUAAGGCUGUUCAGAUGUGUAGCAAACCUAGAGAAUUUGCACUAGCUUUGGCUAUAUUGGAGUGUGCAAUUAAACCAGUUGUCAUGCUGCCAAUUUGGCGGGAGUCCUUGGGGCACACUAGAUUACACAGGAUGACAGCUAUUGAAAGAGAAGAAAAGGAGAAGGUGAAAAAAAAAGAGAGAAAGCAAGAGGAGGAAGAAACAAUGCAACAGGCUACAUGGGUGAAAUAUACCUUUCCUAUCAAACAUCAGGUUUGGAAACAAAAAGGAGAGGAAUAUAGAGUAACAGGAUAUGGUGGUUGGAACUGGAUUAGUAAAACACAUGUUCAUAGGUUUGUGCCUAAAUUACCUGGAAAUACUAAUGUUAAUUACAGAAAAGUGCUACCAACAAAGAAUGAUGUCAUCAUUGAAAAUCAGUGUGAAUUGGACAAAAGAAAAAGUCUGGCAAAAGUGAAAAUAGAGACUGAUUCUUCUAAAGAAAAAACGAAAGAGUCCCAUGAUCCACAAAAGAAGGACCAAGCAGAAAUAGAAACUUCCGAGACGUUGGAGAGAGUCCAAAUAAAGGAAGAAAAUAAAAUAAGCGAAGAAAAAGUGGAAAUUAGUAUGAAUUCUGAAAACUUAGAUCAUGCAAAAGAUGAAGUGGAAAGAGAAGUUGAUUGUGAAAAUAGAAGUAUCAAGGAAGAACCCAUGGAGAUAGAUGAUAUUAAAAUUGAAUCCCCCACAAAAAAUGAGGAUAUUCACUCUAAAGCAGAUUUAAUCAAUGUCAGUGAAGGGUUUCACUUAAGGACUUGUUACAAAAGAAAAGUAAAAACAUCAAAAUUAGAUGGACUACUUGAAAGGAGAGUAAAACAGUUUACACUGGAAGAAAAACAGCGCCUAGAAAGGAUGAAACUGGAAGCUAAUUCUAAAUCUGUAGGCAGUAGAUCUGUGAGUCCACAGAAAAACAUAGAUGAGCCACAAACAACUAAAGUAAAAGAAGGAAGCCAUAUUGACAUGUCUCCCCAAGACAGAACCUAUGUAUCAGGUAAGAUCCAAAUUGAGGAUUCAGUUCAGGACUGCUUGCCAACCAGCAGUACACCUUGUACCAAAACCAGGGACCUAGAUCGGCCUUCUUUGUCUUCCAUAGAUAGACAGUCAAAAAGAGAAGGGCAAGUACUGGAUGAUAUAUCUGAGAUUCAAAGCUUAGUUCAGAAUAUCACUAAAGAAGGUGAUUCUGAACCAAUUGCUACUAAUAAUAGUCAAGGACAAGAGGUUCUUAAAAAGAGUGUGUGUGAGAACCUCCUCCUGGAUGAUUUAAAAGAAACAAACAGAGAAGAUAUAAGCAAGUGUGAUACCUUAGAAAACAGUGAAAAAUUUUCAGAACGAAAAAUAUUGAAUACAACACUAUCUCAGAGUGAAUGUGAGAACCUAUUACAGCCAAUGGCAUCUGAAAACAGCUGUGAAACAGACAUUCAGCCCAUUGCUGAAAAAGAAACCUCAGAAGAAAAAUCUGAGAAACAGGUCCAUGACCCAGAAAAUAAUUGCACACUGAAAAGCCAUUCUGAACCAUUGUCCCCGCAAGAAGAUGAAGAGGGAAAAGAUGAUAAUGCUCAGAAAAACACUGAUGGUAAAAGUGAAAAGAUUUUAUUUGAUCAGAAACAAUCAUUAAAAACCAAGCUAAUCUUAGAAAAAACACCUGACAGCCAAACUCCUGAACACAUGGAUGAAAUAAAUGUUGGUGAUGAUUUAUUGAAUUCUAUCACUGAAGCCAAUGGUAAAAAGCAAAGUCAAGAACAGAAAAUGGAAGCAGGUACCAUAAACAAAUGUCUUGAUCAGCUGCAUCUAAAAAGCAUCACUGACAAAAAGAACAAUAAAAAUGGAGAAAUUGAGACUACAGUGGAGAGAGAGAAGUCAGUGGCAUUUCAAAUUAAUGGCAAAAACAGUGAGAUUAAGCUAUUGUCAAAGGAUGAAUGCUUAAUGAAAGAUGGUAGUGAUACUAAGGCAGGGAGUGAUAUUGAACCUAAAGUCAAUAAUAUUAGUAAAUCCAUUCCUGAAUAUGAAAUAAAGCCAUUGACUCUUAAAGAAUCUUCCGGAAAGCCGUUCAUGAAUGGGGAUGUCACCAUGGAAGACACAGAUUUAAAAAAUAACUUAAAUACUAAAUUAUGUUUGCAAAGUUCGCUAGAGAGUGGUGGUGAAUCUGCAGAGUGUCUGCUGCCUUCAGAUAAAAUGUCCAAAUGUUUGCAAAAUAUUGGAGAAAAGCAGCAUUCUCUUGAAAGCUCCAGGUUUGUUGAUAAUGCUUCUAAACAAGCAAUUCUUUCCUCUAAUGAAAAUAACACGAUUAGUGAAGCAGAAUCCAUGAAAACGGAAGCUAUUGAGGAUAAGGAAGUUGCACCCUCACCAGUAACUUCCUGUGAGGAAUCUAGCUUGAGUAGCGACUUUACUGAUCAGAAUGGCCAGCAGACACAUAAUAAAGUUGAAAAUAUCAAUGGAGAAAAUAAAACAAAAACUGUUAUUACAGAAGUGACCACCACAACAUCAACUGUUUCCACAGAAUCCAAAACUGUGUUUAAAGUAGCAGACUUGUCAACCUUCAAGGAUGAUAAACAAACAGUAUCUACAGAAAACUGUGCCAUUUCCACUGUAACUACCACUACCACUGUUACUAAACUUACCAAACCUGCUGCAGACAGCAAUAUAGAUGUCAUCUCUGUACAGGAGCACAGUAAAACUGUGAUUACUACAACAGUAACUGAUUCAUUAACUACUCCAGGCGGCACAUUGGUGACUUCCAUGACUGUGAGCAAAGAAUAUUCCACAAAGGACAAAGUGAAGUUAAUGAAAUUUUCAAGACCCAAAAAGACUCGUUCUGGAACAGCCUUGCCAUCUUACAGAAAAUUUGUUACCAAAAGCAGUAAAAAGAGUAUAUUUGUUUUACCCAAUGAUGAUUUAAAAAAGUUGGCCAGAAGAGGAGGGAUCAGAGAAGUUCCCUAUUUCAACUACAAUGCAAAACCUGCCAUGGAUAUUUGGCCAUAUCCAUCCCCAAGACCAACUUUUGGUAUCACUUGGAGAUAUCGACUUCAAACGGUAAAAUCUUUGGCUGGGGUGAGCCUUAUGUUGCGGUUACUCUGGGCAUGUUUAAGAUGGGACGAUAUGGCUGCAAAACCCCCACCUGGGGGAGGAACUACACGCACAGAAACAUCUGAAACUGAAAUUACGACAACUGAAAUAAUCAAGCGGAGAGAUGUUGGCCCCUACGGAAUUCGUUCAGAGUACUGUAUAAGAAAAAUCAUUUGCCCUAUUGGUGUACCAGAGGCUCCAAAAGAAACUCCUACACCUCAGAGGAAGGGCCUGCGAUCAAGUGCAUUGAGGCCAAAGAGGCCGGAAACACCCAAGCAAACAGGUCCCGUUAUCAUUGAAAGUUGGGUAGCAGAAGAGGAAUUGGAAUUAUGGGAGAUCAGGGCAUUUGCUGAAAGGGUGGAGAAAGAAAAGGCACAGGCAGUUGAGCAGCAGGCUAAGAAACGACUGGAGCAACAGAAGCAGUUACCUACAACAGCUUCUGCAGUCACUACAGCAAGCAGUACUGCAACCACUGCCUCCACUCCACAGAAAGUUGUGGUAGGCCCAUUAACAGGCCCAGUUCCUACUGGAACCAAAGUAGUGCUCACUACAAAAGUGGGCUCUCCAGCUACUGUAACAUUCCAGCAGAACAAGAACUUCCACCAGACUUUUGCUACCUGGGUUAAACAAGGCCAGUCCUCAGCAGGUGUUGUUCAAGUUCAACAAAAAGUGCUGGGUAUCAUUCCAUCAACUACAGGUGCAAAUCAGCAAACAUUUACUUCAUUCCAGCCCAGGACAGCAACUGUAACUAUUCGGCCAAAUACCACAGGGACUCUAGGUACAACAAGUACUUCACAAGUAAUGCCAGGGACCCCAUUGCGUCCAGGUAUGACAGUAAUACGGGCACCACUUCAGCCAUCAACAUUAGGAAAGGCCAUCAUUCGAACACCUGUAGUGAUGCAGCAAGGUCAGUCUCAACAAGUGGUGACUCAAAUUAUUAGAGGUCAGCCUGUCUCAACUGCAGUGUCUAGUGCUAGCACAACUUCAAGUCCUGGACAAAAGGUAACAACAGCUCCAGGAACACCUCCACAGAAUAUACAACCACAAACCACAACACCGCAGCCCACUCGUCCCCAGCAAGGGCAAGUGAAACUUACUAUGGCCCAACUCACACAGCUAACUCAAGGACAGGGUGGUAGUCAGGGGUUGACGGUGGUAAUUCAGGGACAGGGUCAAACUACUGGCCAAUUACAGUUGAUACCUCAGGGUGUGACUGUAAUACCAGGUCCAGGACAACAGCUAAUGCAAGCAGCUAUGCCAAAUGGCACAAUUCAAAGAUUCCUUUUCACUCCAUUAUCAUCAGCUACUACAUCUAGCACAACUACUACGACAGUUUCCACUUCAACUUCAGCUACAGGAGAACAGAAGCAAACCUCUCAAGCACAUACACCACCAGUGCUGCCACCAAUUCAGCCCCACCCGAACAAUCAAUUGCAAGCUCAGCCACAGGUGCAAAGCCAGAGCAUUCAGCCUCAGCCUCCAGGCCAGCCACAGACAACGCAGCCCCCAGGCCAACCAGAAGAUCAGACGCAGCCUGAAUCUCAGUCUCCAACUUCAGCUCAGUCUCCAGUCGUAUCUGAAGCACAGCCUGUUAUGGCACAGUCAACUAAAACUCCAGUCACAGUUCAGCCUCCGACACAGGCCCAGGUUCAAGGGCUGUCUCAAAUUCAAGUCCAAAAUCAACCACAGACUGCCAUCCAUCCACAGGCACCAUCCCAUGUCCAAGGCCUCCAGCAAGCUCAGGUGCAGACCACAACCCAGCAACAGGUACAAAUGCAACCCCAAGCUUCUAUACAGAUACAAGCUCAACUGCAACAGCAGUCGCAACCCCAGGUUCAGACUUCAGCUCAGACUCUCCCAGCUGCACAAAACUUAAAUCAAGUUACUGUGCAAUCUCCGUGUCGCCCUCAGCUCCAGAUCCAGCAGCCUACAGCAAAAGUUAUCACUGUACCUCAACAAGUCCAAGUUUUCUCCCAACUUCAGUCUCAUGUUGUAGCUCAGAUACAGGCCCAACAAGGCGGUGUGCCCCAGCAAAUUAAGCUUCAGUUACCUAUUCAGAUUCAGCAAGCCAGUCCAGUGCAGACUCACCAGAUUCAGAAUGUGGUAACCGUUCAAGCGGAGCAGCUGAGGGAGCAACAGCAAAAGAAAAAGCAGCAACAGAUAGAAAUUAAACGUGAACACACUCUUCAGGCUUCUAAUCAAAGUGACAUUAUCCAGAAACAGGUGGUGAUGAAACACAAUGCUGUAAUAGAAUAUUUUAAAUUAGACAACAUGGCACAACGUGCUUCUCUGCAUUCCUUCCUUAGAAUGAUAGUAUGUAAUCAGGUGAUGAAGUAUAUUUUGGAUAAGAUCGAUAAAGAAGAAAAACAGGCAGCUAAGAAACGGAAACGAGAAGAGAGUGUGGAACAGAAGCGUAGUAAACAGAAUGCUACCAAGCUCUCAGCUCUGCUUUUCAAACAUAAAGAACAGCUUAAAGCUGAAAUACUGAAAAAAAGAGCACUUCUGGACAAAGAUCUGCAAAUCGAAGUGCAGGAAGAGCUAAAGAAGGACUUGACUAAAAUUAAGAGAGAAAAAGAAAAAGCACAGGCAGCUGCUGCCGCUGCUGCUGCUGCUGCCGCCGCCGCAGCAGCAACUCCACCUCCCCCUCCUCCACCACCACCACCACCAGCACAACAUGCAACCAGUGUCACAUCUGCCACCACCGUCCCAGUGCCAAUAUCUUCCCAGAAGAGAAAACGAGAGGAGGAGAGAGAUUCUUCCAAGUCCAAGAAAAAGAAAAUGAUUUCUACUACCUCAAAGGAGACGAAGAAGGACACAAAGCUUUAUUGCAUCUGUAAAACACCUUAUGAUGAGUCAAAAUUUUAUAUUGGCUGUGACAGAUGUCAGAACUGGUAUCAUGGGCGCUGUGUUGGUAUUUUGCAAAGUGAGGCAGAUCUCAUUGAUGAGUAUGUCUGUCCACAGUGUCAGUCUACAGAAGAUGCCAUGACAGUACUCAGUCCACUGACUGAUAAAGAUUAUGAGGGAUUACGAAGAGUACUACGUUCCUUGCAGGCUCACAAAAUGGCAUGGCCGUUCCUAGAACCAGUAGAUCCGAAUGAUGCACCAGAUUAUUAUGGUGUUAUCAAAGAGCCUAUGGACCUUGCUACCAUGGAAGAGAGAAUACUGAAACGUUACUACAAAAAGGUGACCGAGUUUGUGGCAGAUAUGACCAAAAUUUUUGAUAACUGUCGUUACUACAAUCCAAGUGACUCCCCUUUUUACCAAUGUGCAGAGGUUCUUGAAUCUUUCUUUGUACAGAAGCUAAAAGGAUUCAAGGCAAGCAGGUCUCAUAACAACAAACUGCAGUCUACAGCUUCUUAGAGUUCAGCGUGUUAACCUAACACACACACAGCAAGAAUCUGGUUGUCUGAAAAUUUUUAAUUAAGAAGCCAGAUGGUUUUUAGUCAGGUUAUCCUGACAAGACUUGAUGUAAACUGUGUUUUUAUUGGUCACAGCAGUCAAAUUAUAUUCUUGGCUUAUUUUGUCCAAAGGACAAAGGAAUAAAAAUCAGCAGCACCACUUUCUUGUCAAGAUCAAAUUGUUGUACUAUUGUGGCAGAAGUGAGAAAACUUUGUUUUGUUGGAGAGAGAGCGAGCAAGCAAGAAAAAAGAUACAGUAAAUGGGGUCAAGUUUAACUCCAUGGAAAUGCCACGUCUGUUCUUCAGUGAAGAAGCUGGUUUAAAGUCCACACAGAAAACUUUGACUGUAUUUAUUUAUUGUUGCAAAAAAGACGCUUUUUUAUUGCUGCCCUCAUUUGUCAGCUAAUUAUUUUUUCUUAUAAAAUCCGGCCCCGGUUACAUGUAAUCCAUUCUGUAUCUUAACAUGAUUCCUGUAGGUAAAAGUACAAGAAGACCUCUAGAUGUCUUUUCUUUCUAUGAAAGGAGCUGCUAUGUACACAUGUGCACACACACACACAAAAAAACUGGGAAUCAACAAUGAGUUUAUCAUUCAUGGUAGAUAAAAACAAUUAAGCUUGCAUAAAGGUUGGGCUAAGUGGUCACAGACUACAGACUCUGUUGCCUUGAAUAUAACUACAGUUUGUCAUUUACUCUGCACCAGACUGAAAUGAGUAAAAUCUAUUUGAAGGUAUCUUGUUUGUAAACAUUUGUCAGAUUCUAAUUUUUUUCUUUUUGUAUUAAAAUUCAAAACAUGGAUGUAUAAUGAAAAAAAUAAAUGGAGAUAAUUUUUCUCCCCACAGAUGUAGGUGUCUUUGAAUGUGCGCUAAUAUGUUUGUAAAGUGUUUUUAUUUGGGGAGGGAGGGAGGGAAUCUGUUCUGAAGUGGAAGUAUCCCGUGUAGUUGGGGGAGGAAAAGGUAAGAAAAGUAGAAAGGGGAAUAUGACUUUAUGCUACAAAGGGUAGCGUUUCUUUCUUUUCAUUAAGCAACUACUAUCCCUUUAAAAAUAAUUCCACUGUGGUGCCAUAAUUGCUGCAUCAGAUAAUAAAGGCAGUAUUGGGAAAUUUCAUUGCCCACUUCUGAAUUAGAAAGUAGAAGGCAAAAUAUCAUCCAAGAAUGAUGAACCACAUGUUUGUAAUUAUUUCUCUGAAGGGCAUUCUCAGUGGUUUUGUCUCUUCCUAUAAAAGGAAAGCUAGCAUGAGGGAUAAAUGGAAGCCAACAGAGGAAGAUGUGACUUGCAGACUUUUUUUCCUUCUCCUCUCUCUGAUCUAUCACUUGCACAUUGCUUAUGUAACUGACUUUGUUGUAUUAACUGCCUCCAGUAAAAUCAGCCAAGCUGGUUUAUGCAGCUCUACAACCAUUUUGCUAGAUUUUGCACUAAUUCACAAUUUAGCUUUGUCCUACAGUGAUCUGGGAUUUAUCUGGUUUAUGGAUAAGCUUCCCUUGGGUUUAACCUUACCCUGCUAUGCAAGAACCUUUCCUGUUAAUUUCUUAGAAGUAAAACAUUGCUACUGACCACAGUUUUCUUACAAUUACAUGCUCAGGUGUACAGGUUCUUCUGGGUUAAUUUUAUCUAAUAAAACCCAUACAUUUUUGUACAGAUAUUGUCAUUUAACCUAUAUGUGAAAACUAAAAAUUAAUUGUUUAAUGUGAAAACCAAAUCAGUUUAUGCUUCUUAAAAGAUUGAGAAGAGUGGUUGCAUUUAGGUUAUGUUGUCCUUUGACUUCUUAAAAGAAAUGCUACAUAUUGUAUGCAUUGUGUUUGAUGCAAGAAGGAAAAUUCUCAAUUUGAUGAGUUCUGAAAAUAUUUUGCAUCUCUUGACAACAUCACAGUAUUUCUGUACUAUUUAUUCAUAUAUAAAUAUAUAUGUCAUUUGAAACUUAAUGCGAAAAGAACUUUCUUACCUGUAGCCAAUAGAUUGCUAUGUUUUUAACAGUUGUGGCAAACUGAAAAGUACUUUUUGUACGUAAUAGGACAUUUCAUCCUAGACAAAUAAAGUAAUGUGUUUGA